CUCGGUCGCCACUCGCCAGUGUUUCAGUGUCGGCCGCUCGUCUCGUUUGUUUGCGUUGGUUCGCUCGUGUGUCUGUCCGUGUGUGUGUUUGUGUGUGCGCGCGCGCGCGCGUUUGUAACGUCGUUUUGCGCUGUACGGUCCGUCGUCAUGAUAAGUAUUGUUGUCAGUGGUAUCGGUAGUGGUGGUAACUCACAAUUAUUGUGACGGUAGCCGUGCGACGCUGUAACACCUACCCGUCGGCGAAGAAUUAUCUGCUCGUAGUACUCGUGAUUAGAAUAAUAUAGUAGUAGUAAUAAUAAUAAUAGCGAAGGCGACCAUAAAAAAAAAAAAAAAAAAAAACGAGUGGAAAAAUAAAAAAAAAGGGAGACUCGACAGGAUAACAGGCGGCGCGCUACAGCUGCACAGCAGUAACGGGCACUCGUCGUGGUCCGCGGCGGUGGCCCGUCGGCGUGCGGAAAUGGCGACCAGCCCGCCGAACAGCGGCGGCAGCAGCAACACGGUGGUCGUGAGCCCGGACGGCGGCGCGCGGACAGCCAGCAGUCAUUUCGGGAAACAAGGAGAGGACAGGCUCAAGAGCCUGUACCCGAUGGUGGACGAGGACGACACGCCGUUGCCGAGGAGCUGGAAUUCCAAAGACAAGUUCACAAAUCUCGGCCUGUCUCAGAACAACAUACGUGUCCAUUACAAAGGUCAUGGUAAAACUCAUAAAGACGCAGCGAGUGUACGAGCAACGCACCCCAUUCCAGCAUCGUGUGGACUGUAUUAUUUUGAAGUGAAAAUUGUUUCAAAAGGACGUGACGGUUAUAUGGGAGUCGGACUUUCUGCUCAAGGCGUCAACAUGAACCGUUUACCUGGUUGGGACAAACAUUCGUAUGGUUACCACGGCGAUGAUGGACACUCGUUUUGCUCAAGCGGUACCGGCCAACCGUAUGGACCUACGUUUACAACAGGCGACGUCAUCGGCUGUGGUGUAGAUCUUGUUCACAACAAAUGUUUUUACACCAAAAACGGUACACAUUUAGGAACAGCUUUUACCGACCUUCCUCCAAAUUUAUUUCCUACCGUUGGACUACAAACGCCUGGCGAAGUGGUCGAUGCCAACUUCGGACAGUGGCCAUUUGUGUUCAAAAUUGAAGAGAUGAUGAAAGAGCUCAGAGACCAAACACAAUUGACUAUUCAGAACUAUCCGUUCUCUUAUCCAUAUUCACAGUGCCAGACCAAUUUUCACAAAAUGGUUUCGACUUAUUUAGUACACCAAGGAUUCUGUGCCACCGCAGAAGCGUUUAUCUCACAAACCGAUCAGUCCUUCGAAGAAGAAAUCACUUCUAUAAAAAAUCGACAAAAAAUACUGAAAUUGGUGUCGACCGGUCGAAUGGGAGAAGCGAUAGAAAUGACCAACAAGCUUUACCCGGGAUUACUCGAGUCCAACCGUAAUCUUUUGUUUAAGCUCAAAUGCCGUCAGUUUGUUGAAAUGGUCAAUGGUACCGACUCCGAAAUAGCACCUCGUGGCGCUCAUGAAAAUAUCGAUAUUCAAACUAAUCGGCCGUCACCCAAGCGUACAUUACAAUCGAAUCGUAGCCCAACGUCAGUACAAACCAAUGGGAGUAUAAAAUGUCAAAAACUUUCAAACACCGUAAUAACCGACGUGAACGAGAUGAACUCUGUGAACUUGAUGUUAAACGGUUCGUCCGACGUGACCACAGUGAAAACGAUAAAAAACGGCACGCCUAAAUUAAUAGAUUAUCCGAUUGAAAAAAUGGAUUGUAAUGAAGACGGCCAAAUGACUGAUUACACAAUGUCACCGGAAAGUGUCAAUGGACAUCACAAAACUCCUUAUACCGACGGGGAUUAUGGUUCGAAUGGUUACCACAACGGACACUCUUGCGAAGAAGUUAUCGUUAGUAACGGAAACUCGAGAGUUAGUAGUAAUAACGGAAACGAAGAAUCUAUGGAAAUAGAUCAACCAGAAUAUCACCAAUCGACGAAAAAAGUUUGCGGCGGUAGUAAACCUGGCGUUGAAAAAAUGCUAGAGUUUGGCCGAGAACUAUUCCUACUUAGCAUGCAGCUAAGACAAGAAUUAGGACGUAACGAAACUAAUAAAAAAAUGUUACAAGAUGCGUUUAGUCUAUUAGCGUACUCAAACCCUUGGAAUAGUCCUGUCGGUUGGCAACUAGAACCUUCGCAGAGAGAUAGUGUUUGUGCUGCUCUGAAUUCCGCAAUUUUAGAGUCGAGCAAUCUACCACGACGCCCGCCUCUGGAAAUGACUGUUGGCCACGCGUACGAGCUAGUCAAACUGAUGGCGGCGUCCAGCAUGGGAGCGUGCGCCUUCACCAACAUCGAUGAACUGCUCAAAUGACCUUCGUAUAUUGUGCGUGUUUCACUGCCACCAUUUUGCAGGAUCGAACAUAAUUGGCCGCCAAUCUCAAACACAAUAACUAUGGCAAAAGUACUUUAAGCAGCCAUAUCACCGACAAAAGAUUUCUGUACAAAAAUAAUAAUAAUAUGACGAUUACUUUUUUCUGUAUAAGAGUGUAAGUAGUAUUUUAUUCCAUAUAGAAAUUUUAAAAAAUAUACAUUUAUAUCUAUACAGCCUAACGCAGUGUGAAUUAGCAUUCAUUUUUGACUAAUAACGUCGAUCUUUGCUUAAAGAAAAAAAAAACAUUUAAAAUUCACUUUUUAAUAUUCGAUAGUAACUAUAUAGUUUUUUAUAUAUAUAUAUAAUAUAUCUAUAUUAAUGUUAUUUCGAAGAUAAAUAAUACAUUAAAAAAAAAACUUCAAAUUCUGUGUACUUUGAAAAUAGUCUUUAAUUUCUUUGUUUGAAUUUUUUUUUCCCUCAGGACUCAUUUUUUUUCAUUAAAAAUAAAUAACAUGUGUUGAAGGUCAUGUGUUAUUAAUGCCAACACUUACACCUUAUUGCCACAUGCAAAUUUUUUUUUAUAUUUCUGUGCAUAAAUAUUAUUUGCGUUAAUUAUUAUGAUCUCUUCACAUAAUUUAUGCGACAUAUUAUUUUAAUGUAAUCAUAUUUUGUUGCUCUUUAUAUUGUGAUCCUUUAAUAAUACUCCUCCGUGUUAUUUGACAAAUUAAGUUCUUUUAUUUUAU